CUCUGAUUGGUCGCUGCCAGAGGAGAGCGCUUGUGACUGCUGGAGCGGCGUAGUUGCCAUUGGUCAGACUCCCUGAGGUAAUUCGGAUUCCGAUUGGUGGAAGGAUCAUUCCUGCUUGUUGACUGGCAGCGCGGUAGUCUUUCCCCUUCCGGUGGGCGCUGACCUUGCCCGGGAGCGGAGCCGCUCGUUCGCCUCCGUUUCUCGGCCCCGCAGCCAUGGUGGCAUACUGGCGGCAGGCCGGGCUCAGUUACAUCCGGUAUUCCCAGAUCUGUGCCCAGGUUGUUAGAGCAGCAAUGAAGCCUCAGUACAAAGCAGAGGCAGAAAGGGCGGCAAUGGCCACUGUGAAAACUCUGAAACCCAAGAAGGAAUAAAACGAACUGAUCUGUGGUGAAUAACAGCAAACUGCAAAGCUGUAGGCAAGCUCAAGACUCUGCGAUACAAUGUCAUCACAUUAACUGUAAAACUUGCCACUGUAUGUAAAUCAGCAUGCUAAUAAAUGUAAUUGCUGUUAAACAAA